CGAGGGGGGCGGGGGCCUGGGAGAGUGGGGCUGCCGGGCGAGUCGACGCGUGAACAGAUAGACCUGCGGACCGGACAGCCGCGGCCGUAGGCACUUCUAGCCCCGCUUAACCCCUGAUGCGCGGGGGGACGCAACCCCUCUCGCUGGGGGAUGCUGCGGGAUUCUUGGCGCCGGGCAUCCGGGGCGCCCGCUAAACCCCUGUGCCUAUCCUGUGCCCCUGGGGAAGCGAAGUCCGGCCGCAGGGAAAGAGAAGCGGCCGCCGAGACGCUGCAGGGUGCCGGGCGGGGAGGGGGCUGGAGGCCCCAGGCCCGAGGGCAUGGAGCGGUUAGGGGAGAAAGCCAGUCGCCUGCUGGAGAAGUUAAGACUCUCGGACUCCGGCAGCGCCAAGUUCGGCCGCAGAAAGGGUGAAUCUAGCAGGUCUGGGUCUGAUGGGACCCCCGGGCCGGGCAAGGGGCGCCUGAGUGGGUUGGGGGGACCUAGGAAAUCAGGGCCCCGUGGAGCUACUGGGGGACCUGGGGAUGAGCCGUUGGAGCCAGCCCGGGAGCAAGGCCCCCUGGACGCUGAGCGGAACCCUCGCGGCUCCUUUGAGGCGCCGCGCUACGAAGGCUCCUUUCCCGGGGGGCCGCCUCCCACCCGGGCCUUGCCUCUACCUCAGUCAUUGCCCCCCGACUUUCGGCUGGAGACGGCCCCAGCCCUAAGCCCCCGCUCCAGUUUCGCCAGUAGCUCAGCCAGCGACGCGAGCAAGCCGUCCAGCCCCCGGGGCAGUCUGCUGCUGGAUGGGGCGGGGGCUGGUGGAGCCGGAGGUAGCCGACCCUGCAGCAACCGUACCAGCGGCAUCAGCAUGGGCUACGACCAGCGCCACGGCAGCCCCCUGCCCGCCGGGCCAUGCCUGUUUGGCCCACCUCUGGCCGGGGUUCCGGCGGGCUAUUCCUCUGGAGGGGUGCCGUCCGCCUACCCCGAGCUCCACGCUGCCCUGGACCGACUGUGCGCUCAUCGGCCCGCGGGGUUCGGCUGCCAGGAAAGCCGCCACUCGUAUCCCCCAGCCCUGGGCAGCCCGGGAGCUCUAGCCGGGGCCGGAGUGGGAGCGGCAGGGCCCUUGGAGAGACGAGGGGCGCAACCCGGACGACACUCGGUGACUGGCUAUGGGGACUGCGCCGCGGGCGCCCGAUACCAAGAUGAACUAACAGCGUUGCUGCGCCUGACGGUGGGCACAGGUGGGCGAGAAGCCGGCGCCCGCGGAGAACCCUCGGGGAUUGAGCCGUCAGGUCUCGAGGAGCCGCCAGGUGCGUUCGUUCCAGAGGCCGCCCGGGCCCGGAUGCGGGAGCCGGAGAACAGAGAGGACUACUUUGGCACCUGUAUCAAGUGCAACAAAGGCAUCUAUGGGCAGAGCAACGCCUGCCAGGCCCUGGACAGCCUCUACCAUACCCAGUGCUUUGUCUGCUGCUCCUGUGGGCGAACUUUGCGCUGCAAGGCUUUCUACAGCGUCAACGGCUCUGUGUACUGUGAGGAAGAUUAUCUGUUUUCAGGGUUUCAGGAGGCAGCUGAGAAAUGCUGUGUCUGUGGUCACUUGAUUUUGGAGAAGAUCCUCCAGGCAAUGGGAAAGUCCUAUCACCCAGGCUGCUUCCGAUGCAUCGUUUGCAACAAGUGCCUGGACGGCAUCCCCUUCACUGUGGACUUCUCCAACCAGGUGUAUUGUGUCACCGACUACCACAAGAAUUACGCUCCUAAGUGUGCGGCCUGUGGCCAACCCAUCCUCCCCUCAGAGGGCUGUGAGGACAUUGUGAGGGUGAUAUCCAUGGACCGAGAUUAUCACUUUGAGUGCUACCACUGUGAGGACUGCCGGAUGCAGCUGAGUGACGAGGAAGGCUGCUGCUGCUUCCCUCUGGAUGGGCACUUGCUCUGCCACGGCUGUCACAUGCAGCGGCUCAAUGCCCGACAGCCCCCUGCCAAUUAUUGGGUCGGCCAAAAAGUUCCUUCGGUUUUUAAGUAAAAAUAAAAGACACGUUUUUCAUUUUCACCAAGAACUUUAUUGGACAGUGUAAUCACUGUUUUGUUCCACUACCUUCUACCAUUUUUCAGGCAACUUCAUAAUUCCAUCUUCCCAAAACUUUUUAUCUUUUUGAGCAAAGAACUGUUCCAGGUGCCUUUUACAGUCUUCCAGGGAAUCGAAACUUUUUCCAUUAAGAGAAUUUUGUAAAGACCGAAAUGAAUGGAAAUCUGAAGGUGCAUUGUCUGGUGAAUACAGCGGAUGAAUCAGAACUUCCCAGCCAAGCUGUAACAGUUUUUGCCAGGUCAUCAAAGAAACACGUGGUCUUGCGUUAUCCUGAUGGACAAUUAUGCAUUUUCUGUUGACUAAUUCCGGAUGCUUUUCAUCGAGUGCUGCUUUCAGUUGGUCUAAUUGGGAGCAGUGCUGGUUGGAACUUAUCAUUUGGUUUUCUGGAAGGAGCUCGCAGUAAAGGACUCCCUUCCAAUCCCACCGUAUACACAACAUCACCUUCUUUGGAUGAAGAUCGGCCUUUGGUGUGGUUGGUGGUGUUCAUUUUGUUUGCCCCACGAUCUCUUCCAUUCCACGUUAUUAUUGUACAGUAUCCACUUUUCAUCACCUGUCACAAUUUGUUUCAAAAACGGAACGUUUUCGUUACAUUUCAGUGGAGAAUCGCAUGCAGAACUAUGUUCAAGAACAUUUUUUUUUCGCUUAACUUAGGUGGAACCCAAACAUCAAAGCGAUGAACAUAACCAAGCUGGUACAAAUGAUUUUCAGCGCUUGAUCUGGAUAUUUUGAGGAUGUCAGCUGUCUCCCUCGUUGAUUGUUCUCAGUUAAUGUCUUGAUUUGAUUGCUAUCAACCAACUGGUCUACCCAACCGCGGAGCUUCAUCCAACGAGAGAUCUCCAGCAUGAAACUUCGCAAACCACUUUUGACACGUUCGAUCAGUCACAGCACCUUCUCCAUACACUGCAAAAAUCUUUUUUUGCGUUUCAGUUGUGUUUUUACCUUCCUUGAAAUAAUAAAGCAUAAUAUGCCGAAAAUGUUCCUUUUUUCUUCCAUCUUCAAUAUUAAAAUGGCUACACAAAAAUACACCAAUUUUUAUAAGUUUUUUUAAAAAUGCACACUGAUGUGAUAGCUGUCACAAUACAAUCUAACAAAAUUGUUUCAAAUGAAGUUAAAGACAACUAAGCGCUACUAGAGCCAUCUCAUGGAAAACAUCAAACGAACUUUUUGGCCAACCCAGUAUAUCUGAGAUGCAGUCACUGCCGCUGCCGUCACCACCAUUGACAAAUUCCUCUGGCCAGUGGGCCCCUCUGAGGCCAGCCAAGAAAAGGAAGGCACUCUGUAGCCCUGGCAGAAGAGUCCUCUAGGGAGGGCCCCAAGGGCCAGAGACCCAAAGAUCAAGACAUUCCAAAUGGAUUGUGGAGGAGGAGCCCUCCAGUUGCCAUGAUGUGGGUGACUGACCUUUCCAGGUGUGCAGCCUGUGCUGUAGCACAUAACAGGCACACACAGGCGGGUUCCAGUAUUUUCUAAAGGUCUGAUUCUAGUCUGUAUCUCUAGUAUACAUUUGUGUGCACACACGGGCACACACACACAAUCUCUCUCUCUCUCUCUCUCUCUCUCUCUCUCUCUCGUCAGGGGACUCUUACACUUGGUUCAUUAGUAGUAGUUCAGCUCUCCAGACCUGCUGCCUCUCAGAGGAAACCAGAGUUAUUUCCACCACAGCUCCCAAACUCUUGAGGUUCCAGGAGCCAGAGAGGCAAAACACUUUCACUUGGUUCUGAUCAGUUUGGCUAGAUCUCUUAAAACCAAUCCACUAAAAACUUGUUUACUUAAAGUUCACUUGAUGACCAGUUUGCCAAAAGCUGAGUUCCCUUUUGGGUAUUUUUAUAGCCAUUUAGUUGUUCUGUUCGUUUUUGUCGCGCUUGGGUAUUUCAACGAUUUAUAUCUUUUCAUCUAAGAGUACCCCUGAGUUAUCAGCAGCAUAAAUUUAUCAAAUUUGCAGCACUUUGUAAAUGACGAGAUUGCUUCCUACCUUUAUGGAUAUCUUUUUCUGUUACCUACUUUUCAAACUUUUUUAAAGUUUCCAGCAAUAAAUAGAAUUGGUACAGACA